UACAUGUUAACUGUGCACAGUAGUGUCUGGGUCAUUUAAACUAGCACCUGUUCAGUCAAAUCGUACUAGGACUAGAAAUCAAAUUUCAUUGAUAAAUGUUAUGCCGAACAACCUGUUGACAUUUCAAAUUUUCUUUCUUUAUUUGGAAUAAAGUGCCUAUCUUUGGAAUAAAGUAAAAAGUAUCUCAAUCCAUACAAGAGAAACUAUUUAAGACACAAUAAAGGACUGGUUAUAGGUACCAUUCAUUUCGGAGACAAAAAAGGCGCAUCAAUGACUGGUGAAAAAUUAUCUUGUGUGAUAAAAUGAGAAUCCACCUCCUGGUUUAUAUAAUUGUUGUGGUAACAGAAUAUAAGGUGUUAUGCCAGUCUGGUGGAUUUAAUGAGUGGAGUGGAUUUGGUCCAUGCUCUCGAACUUGUGGAGGAGGAAUACAGUCCAGACAUAGAUCUUGUAUAGAAACAAGAAGAACUGAAUCUUGUCGUGGGAAGAAAACAGAAUAUAGGACAUGUAAUACACAGGAUUGUCCAACAGGGUCAGGAGAUUUCAGAGCAGCCCAGUGCUCGGAGUAUGAUUCCAUACCUUUAGAUGGCAAGUCUUACAAAUGGCUGCCAUAUUAUGGAGGGGUUGAAUCUACUCAGUGUCAAUUGUAUUGUGUAGCAGAACAAGAAUAUUUUUUCCACAAAUUGUCAGACAAGGUGAUAGAUGGAACACCUUGUAAUCAGGAGACCAGGAAUGUGUGUGUCAAUGGGAAGUGUAGGGGAGUAGGAUGUGACAGGGUACUAGAUUCCACUAAAGUAGAAGAUAAAUGUGGUGCAUGUGAUGGCAGAGAUCGUAACUGUAAAACAGUCACAGGAACAUUAGGACACAAAGGUCAAAAUAGAGUUUUGAGAAUUCCAUCUAAUGCAAGAUCAAUCAAAAUUACCUCACAAAAACCUGGAAAAUCAUAUUUAGCUGUUCAGAAGGGUACAGAAUCUCUAACAUUAGUGGGUAACAUAGGACAGAAUGGCAAAGUAAUGCUGGUUUUACAAGGUCUAACAUUUGAAUAUCAUGUGACCAGUGAGGGGAGAGGUACACAGAAACUUACAGCCGCAGGACCUACUAAUGACACUGUUAUUGUCACUGUCAUGAAGCCAAAGAGAGAGCAUGUAAUAUACCAUUAUCAGUAUUCUAUCGCAACUAACAAUGGAGUGCAAUCUUGGAGGGAUGAGAAAUCCAGACAAGCAGCUGAUACCAUGCGAGGAGAUGCCACUGGUAGAUAUGUAUGGUUAACAGGACACUGGACUGUGUGUGACAAAGACUGUGGAGAGGGUGUUCAGAGAAGAGCAGUAUCAUGUAUGGACACUAGAAAUCCCAAGGUAGUGAGACAAGUCUACUGUAAUGGUAUAAAUCCUCCGCCAAGUCAACAGAAAUGUAGGGGGAAAAUUUGUAAUGAUUCUGCUACCAUUAAUGUACAAUGGGACAAUGGUGAAUGGGGACCAUGCUCAUCAUCCUGUGGUCUAGGAGAGCAGUCUAAGCCAGUAUUCUGUAGAGCAUAUAGAUCAGAUGGUUUUAACUUUGUUACAAAUGAUGCCAAAUGUCUGGAGGCUUAUCCAAUCAAACCAGUCUAUAUGAGAUCCUGUAAUGAUCAUGUAAAUUGUCCAGAAUGGCAAACGACUGUUUGGUCUAAGUGUAGUAAAAAAUGUGGAAUUGGAGAACAGACGAGAAGAGUGUACUGUAGAGGUCCAGAUCCAUCUGGUGAUAGAAACAUAUUGCCAUCAUCAGCAUGUUCCCCGUUAGACAGACCGCUGGAAAGAAAAAGUUGCUUUGACAGUAUUAGAUGUCAAGAAGGCCCAAUUGGUGAAUUAGAGAUAGCUAGAAUUGAAAUAAAGCGUGGACAGCCUAGGUGUAGAAAUAGUUUGUAUGGUUGUUGUCCUGAUGGGUAUACUUCCGCUACAGGUUAUAGUUAUAGAGGAUGUCGAAGAGCUACUUCAGAGACUUGUUUAAAGAAUCCUGAAGCAGGAUCUUGUAACAACUACACAGUACGAUGGUAUUACAACCAAACAGAGAGAGACUGUCGGAUGUUUUGGUUCGGUGGAUGUGAUCCUGGGGAAAAUAAUUUUUUAACACAAGAUGUUUGUAAAAAUACUUGCAGUCAAACAAAAACAGUUAAAACAGUAGUUAUAGAUACAGCUCGAUGUCGCCAAAAACAAGACAGGGGCCAAUGUACCAAAUAUAAAGUUCAGUGGUACUAUAAUUACAAUGACAAACUAUGUCAGAGAUUUUGGUAUGGUGGUUGUCGUGGCAACACCAACCGUUUUGAAUCUGAAGAGGCAUGUAAGGCCGCUUGUACCUCUAAAGUCAUAGACAAAGGUACAAAUGGUAAUACAGGUACUGACCAUGGUACAAAUGGUGGCGGACACAGUGGUACAGAUCAUGGUACUGACCAUGGUACUAAUGGUGGUACUAAUGGUGGAAUAGAUAACUCAAGGAAUACAGAUAUCUGUCGUUUACCUAGUGAAUUGGGAAGAUGUAGAAAAUAUAUAGUGAAAUAUUUCCACAAUGCUACCACUGGCCAAUGUACAAGGUUUUGGUAUGGAGGGUGUGAUGGUAAUGCUAAUAGAUUUGAUACCAAAGAGGAUUGUGAAGCCAGAUGCACCACCACAGUAACCACAGUUGCACCACUGCCCACAACUAAACCAGGACAAUGUCCUAAACUUUCUAUAAGCAAUAUAGGAUCAUGUGUACAGGCCUGUCGUAGAGAUGUAGACUGUGAUGGCAACCAAAAAUGUUGUUCUAAUGGAUGUGGCACGACCUGCCAAGAUCCUGAAGACAGUUAUUUAUUGACACCUCCAGUAAACAUCCGAGCUGACAUUGUCAGAGAUAAUACAGCCUUUGUAACAUGGAGAGAUGUGGAUGCCGCUGAUGCCACAGAACGUAGAUUAUAUUCUGUUAGAUAUAGGCAACUAGUGGCAGGCACAGAAAUUCAAUAUACUAUUGUUAAUACUACAGCUCAACAAGUGUAUAUUACAGGGUUAUCACAAGGUCAACAAUAUGAAUUUAGUGUCAAGGUCAUCCAGGGUACAAAGUUCAGCUUAUGGAGCAUAUCAGCUUACAACACUACAAGAGCUGUUAGGGGAUAUAAAGCUGGAGAAUGUCCACCAUUGACUGCUGGAACAGGAGGUAUAUGUGUUGAAGGAUGUUCGUCAGAUUAUGAUUGUACAGGGACACAGAAAUGUUGUUCUAAUGGUUGUGGUCACACAUGUCAGGAGCCAAAUAUAGUUGAAGUAGCCCCAGAAACCACUGGUGCUCCACAGACAUCAGCUCAUUUCUGUAACUUGGAAGCAGAAAGAGGUUCCUGUACAGACUACAAAAUAAAAUGGUCAUUUUCUGGAAAAGAUGGAAAGUGUAAAAGAUUCUGGUAUGGUGGUUGUAAAGGAAAUCGUAAUAAUUUUGACAGUGAGGAAGAUUGUGAUGCAGCAUGUCGUAGGAGCGUUACAGUUCAGGAUAUUUGCCAGCUACCUCAGGCUCAUGGACCAUGUAAAGCAGCACAUAGAAGAUGGCACUUCGACCAGACAACAAAAGAUUGCACAGAAUUUCUUUAUGGUGGUUGUCGUGGUAAUGAGAACAGAUUCAGAACACGUGCAGAAUGUCUGAUUAGAUGUGGUAGCGAUGAAACAAAACUGAAAGUAAAUGCUCUCCAUGCUAUGGAUAAAUCUUAUAAUAAAAUAACUUUAAAAUGGGAUCCUCCAAUGAUGUCAAAUGAAAUCAGACAAUAUAGGCUGUCAUAUAUGGGAGAGCGUUACUAUAGAGACCAAGUUCAGCAAGAUAGUGUGAGUGUUAUUGAUAUUCCUGGAAGUGUUUCCUCCUACAGUAUCAAUGGAUUAAAACCUUCAACACAAUACAGAUUUAAUUUGACAGCUAUUUUAGGAGAUGGUAGGAGGGGACCAACAGAACAAGUAGUUGCUGAUACUAUGGCAGAAACUCCUGAGUACAAGGCUGGUGAAUGUCCUCGUGUAGAACUGACAUCUAACAUCAAUCCAGAUUGUGCAAGGCUAUGUCAGACGGACUACGAUUGUGCUGGAAAUUUAAAGUGUUGUCGUGAUGUCUGUGGAAUGUCUUGUCAGGCACCUAGACCUACAGAGACUGUGAGGUUAUGUUUUGAGGCAAUGUGGGGUUGUUGUUUGGAUGGUGUGUCAGUAGCCCAAGGACCAAAUUACAAGGGAUGUCCUGAUGCUUGUCAGGGUACAGAAUAUGGAUGUUGUGAAGAUGGUGUCACUCAAGCUACAGGACCUAACAAGGAUGGUUGUGAAGUAGGGUCCGGUGAUGAGGAUAACUUCUGUGAACAGUCCGUCUAUCAAUGUUGUGCUGAUGGCAUUACUCCAGCACAAGGACCUAACAAGGAAGGUUGUCCAGAGUAUACAAUUGUUACACGGAGACCAGAUCUUGGCCCUGUUUGUCAACAACCUGAAAAGAGAGGAUCAUGUUCUGAUUACACUGUGAAGUAUUUCUUUAAUACAACUUCAAGCAAAUGUGAGAGAUUCUGGUAUGGUGGUUGCCAAGGAAAUCAAAAUAAUUUUGACAGUGAUGAAGAAUGUCAAGCAGCAUGUGUUCAAAAAGUUGUAGAUGAAACAUUGCCAGUAUGUCAACAGCCAAAGAAAACUGGCAGAUGCCGUGGAUACUUCAAAAAUUAUUUCUACAACAAAGAUAAUCGACAGUGUGAGCAAUUUAUUUAUGGUGGUUGUGAUGGUAAUGACAAUAAUUUUAAAACAGAAGUUGAAUGUGAGAGACGAUGCAGGACAGGUGGAGAAAUUACAAAUGAUCGUUGUCAGUUACCAUAUGAUGUAGGACCAUGUAAGGGUAACAUUCCAAGGUGGUAUCAUGAUGUUAGAAGAGGAGAAUGUUUGGAAUUUGGAUGGGGAGGCUGUGAAGGAAAUCUAAAUAACUUUAUUGAUAAAGAGACAUGUCUGUCUAACUGCUCCAGCAUUGUUAUCUCUAGUACAACAGAUGUAUGCAGACUACCAAGUGAAACUGGUCGUUGCCGUGCCUCAAUACCUCGCUGGUUUUAUGAUUCUAAUAAUGGUCAGUGUAGACAGUUUACAUAUGGAGGCUGUGAAGGAAAUCAAAAUAAUUUCGACACUCAACAAGAAUGUGAAUCCAUGUGUAGCAGACAGCGGGUAUGUCAGCCGUAUGUAGAACCUUCAAUACAGUGUCUAGCUUACAUCAAGAGAUAUAGAUAUGCUGCUGAGACUGGAGACUGUGAAGAAUUUAUUUAUGGUGGUUGCCAUGGCAACUCCAACAACUUUGAGACAAUGGAAGCCUGCAGGGGGAAAUGUGCUCCUGGAGUAACAGACCCAAAAACUUAUGAUAAUAUAUGUGCCUUACGACCUGAGGCUGGCAAGUGUAGAGGAAGAGAUAUUAAAUGGUUUUAUAACAGUACAUCAGUAAGGUGUGAGAGGUUUUACUAUGGAGGUUGUGAUGGUAAUCCUAACAGAUUUGAUUCUGAGGAGGAGUGUGAUAGCUUCUGUAAUAAUGAAGGUUCAGGGGAAGUAACUAUUGUGGAUCCUGACAAAACUGUUGAUAGUUCCUAUUGUCAUUUACCAAAAGAGAGUGGAGAUUGUGAGAAUUCUUUCCCAGCCUGGUAUUAUGAUCAUUUAGAUGGUGUGUGUAAAGAAUUUGAUUUUGGAGGAUGUGGUGGAAACAAAAAUCGUUUUACAAGUAGAGAUGUGUGUGAAUCAUCUUGUAGCAGAGAAGCUGUUUGUAGACUACCUCCAGUAACAGGAAGAUGUAGGGCCAGUUACCCUAGGUAUUAUUAUGAUCUAAGAACUGGACGGUGUACACAGUUUACCUAUGGUGGAUGUGAAGGAAAUGCUAAUAACUUCAAGACCAGAGAGUCCUGUGGAAGCAAAUGUGGAGAUGCAUAUACUCCAGAUGUUACAAUCCAGCCACCUGUAGUAACAGAACAGUGUAGACAACAAAAGGAUUAUGGGGAUUGUAAUGGUCAGGAAGUCAUGUACUAUUUCGACAAUACAAUCAAUGAUUGUCGUCCUUUCUGGUAUUCUGGCUGUGGAGGAAAUAAGAAUAGAUUCCAGAAUUCUACACGUUGUAGAAGAGUUUGUAGAGAUGACUUUACUAAUGAAGUAAUUCCUGUGACACCAGCUCCAAGACCAACAACAACCACUCCUGUACCUACUAUAGAUACUAAUGUUGUUAUAACAGGUGAUGAAUGUGAAGAGGAUAGUGAGAGAGGUACAUGUACUAACUAUACUGUUAGAUGGUACUACAACAGAGGAGAUAAACGUUGCACACGAUUCUGGUACGGUGGAUGUGCUGGAAAUGGCAACAGAUUCGUUACUGAGGCAGAUUGUGAAAAAAGGUGCAUCAACAAAGGAAUAUAUCCUACAGCCCGUCCUACUUUGAGACCUCGUCCAACCUAUAGACCGCUUCCCCAGAGGCCAUGUGACAAUUCACCAUGGGGAUGUUGUCCUGAUGGAAUCACUGAAGCUCAGGACUUUUACUUCAGUAACUGCAGAGUAUAUACUGGAACUGAAUUGGGAAAUUUAGUUGAUGGAAACUCAACGGUUAUUGUGGAACGACCAGAUAGGAAUCUAUUUAUAGAAUGUGGAGGACCUCAGGGAACUGUUUCAUGGUACAAGAAUGGAAUAUUGAUAACAUCAGAUCGUAGAUACACAGUGUAUGAGAAUGGUUCUAUAUUAAUCACAACACUGACUAAGGAAGAUUCAGCAGUGUAUGCUUGUAGAGUUGAUGAUGGAAUUCACAAGGCUAUCGUCAGAAGGUUUAGAGUCCAGAUAGAAGUUCCCAUCACAAUCUUCCCAACACCAGCUACUAUUGUCGUGAGACCAGGAGAUAAUGCUUUCCUUCACUGCCAAGCCUAUGGAAGUCCUCAGCCCACUAUAACAUGGACUAAGUCUGGUCAACGUGUAGCAAAUACAGGCAGAUUCUAUGUUUAUCCCAAUGGUACACUAAUCAUAACUGAUACUCAACAGGCUGAUAUUGAUGAUUAUACAUGUACAGCAAGAAAUGGUCGGUCAUCACCAGUACAGAGACUAGUUCGAUUAUCUUUACAAGAUUCAGUAUCAGCCAGAAUUAAACCUGUUGAAGGAAGAAUAAGAGAAGGAGAUACUCUUUAUAUGAUAUGUGAUGGACAAGGGUAUCCCCCUCCUACAGUUAGAUGGGAAAAAAUGGGUGUAGAGCUGGUAACGACUGGUAGGAUGACAGUUAAUGGUGCUAACCUACGUAUUACCAGUGUAACAUUAGACGAUACUGGAAGUUACACUUGUGUUGUUAAUAAUGCUGAAGAAAAAUCUGAAGAUUCUAAAUCCAUACAAGUUAUACCUAAAGAUGUGGAACUUCCUGAAUGUAAGGAUUCAGCAUCUCUGACUAUGUGUCGUCUAAUAGUUCGAGCUGGGCUCUGUGGAUAUACAGAUUAUUCAAAGCAAUGUUGCUAUAGCUGUGACCAAUCAAAACUUAGGGGCUAAAGUAAAAAGAGUUUACUGUAGAAUUAUUAUGAAUAAAUGAAAUUUUACACAUUUCUUGGGAUGGAAGAAUUCGAUAUCCAGUUUAAAGUUUUAUAAAAAAAAAAAAAAAUUGUGUGUCCUAAAGCAAUGUAAAUCAGAAUUAAAAAAUCUUGUGAUGUUUUUUUCAAACAUUUAUUUAAUUAAUUGCAUACAAUUUAGUAACAAAGGUGGUCUUCUUUCUUUGAAUAAUGAAUCUCUCGCAAAAAUGACUUGACAGCUUGUUGACCCCAAUAUCAACAGGCUUACACUCUAUCUUUUUCAGGUACCAGAAUUCAAAAUUAUGGAAAUAAUACAAAAUUUUGAAAAAAAUUGGUACCUGCUUUUAAAUAAUAGAUGUUGGGUACAGUCUAUAUAUAUAAUAGCUUAUUAAAUGCUACACUUUGUCAUUGGUUGAUAGUUGUAAAAUUGGCAAUCAUCUUGGAAUUAGUUUAGAAACUUUAAACAUAGGACAGUGCAAGGAAGUAUUUUUCUUAUUUAUGCAUAACAAUUCUACAGAUAACUAAAUGCAAGGGACAUAACUCAAUCAAAUACAAUAGAUUACCUCCCAUGUCACCUUGCUGUAACAUACAUUUUAUUAAAUUGUACUCGAUGCUCAUAUAUUUUCUUUUUGUAAAAAAAUAGUUGUAUAAUUACUUUAUUUGUUUUAAGAAAGCUUUAAUAUUUUUACCUGUCUAUAUUGGUUUUAUAAUCAUAUACAAGAAAGAGUUGUUAAAUAUUUCUAUGUACAAGUUGUGUCGAUGAAGAAAUCCAAAAGUAAAUACUCUUGUUGCAGAAUAUAUCCAUUGAAUGUUUACUUGUCAGGGGUUGUAAGUCAUUUUUUAUCAUUUUUUUUUGAAAAUUUAUACCUUUAAAAUAUAACCAAAGCAUAACCAAGCUUUAAAUUUUAUUAUUUUAUAACUACAAUAAUGUACAUUCAAGUGUUGUAAAGUAUCAGGUUCUAUACAGAGGUUUAAUACUCUUUUCAAAAAGGUUGUCAACCCUUAAAAACUGUCCCAUUUUCAAUGAUAUACAAGUCCAUUUUGGAUAUUAAAAUAAAAUUGCUGAAAUUUUAAACUUGUAUUGCAAAAUAAAACCUAGAAAUUAUGCUUUUUUUUCUUAAUAAAAUAAAGCCAAGAUAUGAUCCUUUGUUGAUACAAAAUUUGUAUCCUGACAAAAUAUAUUUCAAUACCACAUUUUCUUAUCUAUGCAAAUCCACCAUGCUACUUUUUGAAAAUUGUACUGUAUGGAGAUUUUGAUUUGAUUAUUUCAAAAAAGUGAAAGUAAUGACAGAAAGGGUUGUAUGAAGAUGGACAAAUAUAUGUCUCUGGAGGUUUUAGGAAAAAAAUAUGUUGUUUUGGAGCUUGGUUGAAACAUUUUAAACCAGAAAUCUUUAGAAAAUGACCUUACAAAUUACAAAGGUAAUAAAGAAAAUUGACAGAAUUUUUAAAUACUUAUUUACCAGUAGUACAUACAAACUUGAAUUGAAUUAGGCUAUAAAUUUAUGGAAGAAAAAAGUUUAUGCAGAAUUCAAGCUGAAGCACUUCUAAGUAAAUUAAAUUGAAUUAAACAAAGUUCAAAUUUCAAACACAAUGUUGACACGGUUGAAUAUUUCUUUAUAUAUUAUCUAUGCCACAUAAUUUGUUUAAGACUAGUCAAGCUUGUACAGAUUUUCUAGUGUUUGUAAGAUAUCUCUUGGAAAACAUCCUUUGCUUUUUUUUAAAUGUUUUUUAUUUUGAAAAUAGAAGAGGUAAUUGUCUGAUCUUUUCCAGCAUAAUUUUUUUUCUUCGUGUAUUAUUUCUGAGGUUGAGAUCUUGUGUUCAAUCCAGUUUUAUGCCAGUAUAUGUGUUACUUAGUUGUUACAGUCAAGGAAUGCCAGAUUUACUGAAUGACCUGUAGAAUAAUUUAGUUUUUGAAUUUUGUUUUUAUAAAGGUCAAUGUCUAUCUUUAGAAUUAAUUUUAGAGGAUAGCUUUGAAAUGUAGUUUACAUAUUGAUUGUUUUCCAAACACUUAAAAUGAUAUGCUUGAUAAAUUUUGCCCACAGUAAAAUCAUGUCUGCAGAAUUAUUCUAAAUAAAAGAAUCCCUGUUAAGAUUGAGUUAUACAUUAAAAUGUUAUGAAAAUUUAUUUUUAUGUAUUUUAUACCUUAAAUGUUAGCAUUACAAAAUCAUUGCUUGUGAAUAUCAAAUGCUUUUAUUUCUUAAACCUGGUCAUUGUAAUGCCAUGUUAUGUUUUGAAAGUGCUUGUAUAUUUUUAAUCAAAACACAAAAUUCUGUUUGUAUCUUUAUUUCUGGUAUAUAUGUAUUCAAACUGUGUAUAUGUAAGUAGUGCUAGAUUUAUUAUUGACAUUGUAGUAUAUUUCAAAUUUGUCAUUCUUAUUUCUAUGGCUUUGUAAAAUAUAUGUCUGUAGGAAAAAGAUUGAUUCAUAGUUCUAUUUGAGGUAAUAUUUCAGUUGAGUUAUUAACCAUAAGAUUAGAAUCAGUAUUGUAAGUGUAUAGACAUGAAUCAGUUAUUUCCCUACAUACCGUCAUCAGUCUAAGUCACAUAAGAAAUUAUAACUAUUAAAAAAUAUGAAAACUA